AAGCCAACGGCGAGCACUUUCCAUGAGACCUGCAAUCAAUCCGACUCUUCCCUCACCACUCCUCAAAUCUGCAUUCCCUCGAAUCUCCGCUCCGACUACAACACUCUGCCUACCUGAAUUCUUCUACAGCUUCUUACCACCUCCCCCCUUUCACCCACCACAACCACCCCAAGCACCGCUGCCACCAUGGCGACCGACAAGCCGCUGCCCUUCAUUUACCAGUUCAUAGCAGGAGCUGUGGCUGGUGUGAGCGAGAUCAUAGUCAUGUACCCUCUUGACGUGGUCAAAACCCGCAUCCAGAUUCAGAGCAAUGUUGCCGUUGCUGGCGCAGACCACUACACCAGCAUGAUCGACUGUUUCCAGAAGAUUGUCAAGAAUGAAGGUGCAUCUCGACUCUACCGCGGCAUCAUCCCUCCCAUCCUCAUGGAAGCGCCCAAGCGUGCAACGAAGUUCGCCGCCAAUGACGAAUGGGGCAAGUUCUACAGACGCGUCUUCGGCCAGUCAAGCAUGACGCAAAGCUUGUCAGUCCUUACUGGGGCAACAGCCGGUGUCACCGAGUCAUUCGUCGUGGUGCCGUUCGAGCUCGUCAAGAUCAGAUUGCAAGACAAAGCACAAGCCGCCAAAUACAACGGCGCCAUGGACUGCCUGCAGAAGAUCAUCCGCAACGAAGGUAUCCUGACCUUGUACCAAGGCCUGGAGUCGACCAUGUGGCGCCACGCCCUCUGGAACGCCGGCUACUUUGGCUGCAUCUUCCAAGUCCGCGCCAUGCUCCCUGCCAACCCCACCAAAGACAAGACGCUGCAAGUACGCAACGACAUCGUCGCCGGCACCAUCGGUGGUACUAUCGGUACCAUGCUCAACACCCCCAUGGACGUGGUCAAGAGCAGGAUACAAAACAGCCCGCGUGUCGCUGGCGGCGUGAGGAAGUACAACUGGGCUGUGCCCGCCGUGGGUACUGUGUACCGGGAAGAGGGUUUCCGCGCGCUGUACAAGGGCUUCUUGCCCAAGGUCAUUCGAUUGGGACCAGGUGGUGGUAUUCUGCUCGUGGUGUUCACCGGGGUCAUGGACUUCUUCCGCAAGAUGAGAGGUGAUGCCGUCUGAAGAGAGCCUGCGACAUGAAGCACCCUCUUUCGACACCUUCUCAACGGCCUCUGGUACCUCCGAUCCGAACCUAAGCUUCCAGCUCUGAAUAUUCUUCGCAUUCAGCGCAGGCGUUCUAGCUGUAUAUUACGCCCUCCCCCUGCGAUAGAAA